GCUCCGGAGCACGGGUGUAGGAAGCAUGGAGGCGGUGGCCGGUGCUCGGUAUGGCUCGCCGGUUAGACGAAAGCGAGGGCGGAAAGAGCAGCGCGAUGCUGAUGCGGGCCGCGGGGCCGUCCGCGAGGGGGAUGCUUCGGCGCCAGCCCACGAUCUGACGGAGGAGGCCCGCCGGGCGCGGCAUUUAGCGGUUCUGGCCGAGAAGCCUGCCGCGGAACGGGGUCUGGAGGAGCUGCUGUUCGGCGACACCCAGGAGGGAGAAGGCUUGCUGAGGCGGCUUCAGGGUCACUCUUCCGAGCAGUGUGAUGAAGGAGUUAGUGGGAACCUACUUGAAGAGGAGUCUUGUGAUUCAGAAACUGACGAUGAAACGGACAACUUUCUCCCAUCUAAAAAACCAGCCUGGGUGGAUGAAGAUGAUGAAGCUGAGGAAAUAAUUGACAUGACUCAUCGACAUAGGAAAAAUAUGAUGAAAAGUGCUGCAGAAAGAAAAAUUACUAAGGAAAAGCUGCACAGAAAACUUCAAGAAGAAUUUCAGAGUGUUAUGGGAGCAACCCCUUCUUGGGCACAGAGGACUAUGAAGACAAACAUCAGAAAAACAAAACAUGAAGAUGAUAGUGAAGAGGAUGAAGAUACUGAUCUGCUAUGCAAGACAGGCAAUUUUGUGACCACAUCAGAGUCUUUACCAAGAGGAAUUUUACAGAUUAAAAACUGCCUGCAUGCUAAUAAUGACCGUCCAUCAAAUGCAAAACUGACAACUGUGCAAUUCCAUCACUCUGCCCAAGUUGUUAUGACAGCUGGGUUAGAUCAAUCUGUGUCACUGUUCCAGGUGGAUGGUAAAACUAAUCCUAAGAUACAGAGCAUCUAUCUCCAAAAGUUUCCAGUCUACAAAGCACGUUUUAGUGCAGAUGGAGAGCAAGUUAUAGCUACUAGUUUACGCGAAAAGCUGUUCUAUGUAUAUGACAUGAUGGGUGGAAAGAUUAUUCCUGUAAACCGUAUCAGAGGUUUAGAGGAGAGAUUUGUCAGGAAAUUUGAAGUAUCUCCAGAUGGGUCAUUCCUCCUGAUUUCUGGGCUGUCGGGAUAUCAGCAUUUAAUAGCAAUGAAGACAAAAGAGUUUGUUGGCAGCAUGAAAAUAAAUGGGAGAGCUACUGCAUCGGCUUUUUCUCCAGACAGCAGUAAAAUAUACACCCAUUCUGAUGAAGGUGAAGUCUUCAUAUGGGAUGUGAAAAGUAGGCGAUGCUUGAGCAGGUUUACUGAUGAAGGCUGUCUGCGUGGUACAUGUAUUGCCGUCUCAAAAAAUGGCCAAUAUGUGGCUUGUGGUUCCCGUUCUGGAGUUGUAAAUGUGUAUGCCCAUGAUGACUGUCUCAGAGGAACUAAUCCUAAACCUCUCAAAGCUAUAAUGAAUCUGGUCACAGCGGCUACAUCGCUGUCCUUCAAUCCCACCUCAGAAAUACUGGCAAUUGCUUCCAAGAAAACUGAUGAUGCAGUUAAACUGGUCCACAUUCCUUCCUUUACGGUAUUCUCAAAUUUUCCUGUGACUAAGAAAAAGAGAAUAUGCUUGACUCAAUCCAUGGACUUCUCACCCAGAAGUGGAUUUUUUUCUAUAGCAAAUAACAAAGGCAAAGCUUUAUUGUAUAGGUUGAAACACUACUCGGACUUCUAAGUUGUCUACCUUAUAAUGAGAUGGUGUAAUCUGCAGCUUUAAGAAUGUGGAUGUGUUUGUUUUUUUUUGCUUUAAUUCUUACAUGCAUCUUACUUGAGUAAUAAUACAAACUGAUGGCACCUUCACAAACUGGUCUUUUCCCAUUACAUCAUCCAUGUAAUAUUUAAAAGUACAUUAGAUAGGAAUAAGGGCUAAUCCACACGUACAGAGAAAUCAUGUUGCAUGGGAGAAAUGGAUAGAUGUCUCACCAGGUGUAGGAAUUUAAACUGAUCCAGCAAAGCUUGGGCUUGGACUUCUUGAUUUCUAUUGUGAGGUGUACAUCCCAACCAUUUGAGUUCAUCUUCCACAUACUGAAAGUUCCAUAUAAUUGGUAAUAUGCGCCAAGUGGACAUAAGAAGGCACUGCAUAUAACUACAUUAUCUCAGUGUUCUGUUAUUGUAGUAUAAUACUGGCCCCAAGUGGUCACUGUUGGGCACUGGAUUCUUCAUUAUUGGCUUGCUUUUAUUAAAAAGUUCAUCAACAACAAAAAACCCAAAGAAAUUGUGUUUUAAAUACAGGUUUAGGUUUAUAUCUCUGAGUCACAAUGAAGCAGAUGUUGCCAUUGGAUACUUUCCUCAAAACCAUUACAACUCACUUUUAUGCAGCUCAGACUUUGUGCAGCAUCUCUAGUUUAUGGUGCAGUCAUAAGAACCAUUUCUGGGAUCGUCUUUUUUUCAGGAGGAACGUGGGGGA